GAGGUGAGGGGGGGAAAGCGUUCGCGUCUUCUCCGCUUGCGAGGGAGGAGGAAGGAGCGGCGUCCCCGGCCCCAGCGGCAGCGAGGAGGCAGCACCGAGGCAGCACCCCGGGCCGGCUCCGGCAUCUCAGCGCAGCGCACGAGCCCCAGAGCUGGGUUUGCCUUCGCCGUCACCAUGAUCGCCGCGCAGCUGCUAGCCUACUACUUUACCGAAUUAAAGGAUGACCGGAUCAAGAAGAUCGACAAGUACCUUUAUUCCAUGCGGCUCUCAGAUGAAAACCUUAAUGAAAUCACAAAACGAUUUAAAAAAGCUAUGAAAAAUGGCCUCUCCAGAAAUUAUAAUAUAACUGCUUCAGUGAAGAUGCUGCCAACAUUUGUCAGAUCCAUUCCUGAUGGCUCAGAAAAGGGAGAUUUCAUUGCUCUGGAUCUUGGUGGAUCCUCCUUUCGAAUUCUACGAGUGCAAGUAUCUCAUGAGAAACAUCAGACUGUUCAAAUGGAGUCAGAGGUUUAUGAUACACCUGAGAGUAUAAUGAUUGGCAGUGGAUCCCAGCUUUUUGAUCAUGUUGCUGAAUGCCUGGGUGACUUCAUGGAGAAAAAGCAUAUCAAAGAUAAAAAUUUACCCGUUGGAUUUACCUUUUCCUUCCCCUGCCGACAGACGAAAAUUGACGAGGCUGUCCUGAUCACCUGGACCAAGCGCUUUAAAGCCAGUGGUGUGGAGGGAUCUGAUGUGGUCCAGCUACUCAACAAAGCAAUAAAAAAGAGAGGGGAUUACGAAGCCAACAUCGUGGCUGUUGUGAAUGACACCGUGGGGACAAUGAUGACCUGUGGCUUUGAUGACCAGGAGUGUGAAGUGGGCUUGAUCAUUGGUACCGGCACCAACGCCUGCUACAUGGAGGAGAUGCAGCACAUCGACCUAGUAGAAGGGGACGAAGGGCGCAUGUGCAUCAACACGGAGUGGGGGGCCUUCGGGGACGACGGCAGCCUCCACGACUUCCGCACAGAGUUUGACAAGGAGAUCGAUCGGGGUUCCCUCAAUCCAGGAAAGCAACUGUUUGAGAAGAUGGUCAGCGGCAUGUACAUGGGGGAGCUCGUCAGGCUGAUUCUUGUGAAGAUGGCCAAAGGAGGCCUCCUGUUUGAGGGGCGGAUCACGCCUGAGCUUCUCACCAAAGGGAAAUUUGAAACCAAGCAUGUGUCAGCUAUUGAAAAGACCAAGGAAGGCCUCCAAAGAGCCCAAGAAAUCCUAACCAACCUUGGCUUGGAGCCGUCCCCUGAAGAUUGUGUCUCUGUCCAGCAUGUGUGCGCCAUUGUGUCUCAUCGCUCAGCCAACAUGGUGGCUGCCAUGUUAGCCGGCAUCCUGUCCCGCCUGAAAGAGAACAAGGGGGUGACUCGGCUGCGGACCACCAUCGGUGUCGAUGGGACCCUUUACAAGUUCCAUCCACAGUAUUCCCGUCGAUUCCACAAGACCCUGCGGCGCUUGGUCCCCGACUGCGACGUGCGCUUCAUGCUCUCUGAGAGUGGGAGCGGAAAGGGGGCUGCCAUGGUGACCGCUGUAGCCUAUCGGCUGGCCGAACAGCACAGGCAGAUGGAAGAGAUGCUGGCCCCCUUAAAGCUCACCAUCGAGCAGCUCAAUCAGGUGAAGAACAGACUGCGAGUGGAGAUGGAUCUCGGGCUGCAGAAGAAGACCAAUGAAUCGGCCAGAGUGAAAAUGCUGCCCUCGUUUGUCUGCGGCACCCCUGAUGGGACAGAACACGGAGAUUUCCUGGCCUUGGACCUUGGCGGCACCAACUUUCGGGUUCUGCUGGUGAAGAUCCGCAGUGGGAAGAAGAGAAGUGUUGAAAUGCACAACAAGAUCUAUGCUAUCCCUGAGGAAGUGAUGCAGGGAACUGGGGAGGAGCUCUUUGACCACAUCGUCAGCUGUAUUUCUGACUUCCUGGACUACAUGGGGAUUAAGGGGGCCCGGUUACCCCUCGGCUUCACCUUUUCCUUCCCUUGCAGACAGACAAGCUUGGACGGGGGCAUCUUGCUCACGUGGACAAAGGGAUUUAACGCGUCCAACUGUGAAGGACAAGAUGUGCCCACCUUGCUGAGAGAAGCCAUUAAGAGGAGAGAGGAAUUUGACCUGGAUGUCGUGGCUUUGGUCAAUGACACGGUGGGCACCAUGAUGACCUGUGCCUACGAAGAGCCGACGUGCGAGAUCGGACUCAUUGUAGGAACCGGAAGCAAUGCUUGCUACAUGGAAGAGAUGAAGAAUAUCGAGAUGGUGGAGGGGAACGAGGGGCGGAUGUGCAUCAACAUGGAGUGGGGUGCUUUUGGGGACAACGGAUGCCUGGAAGACAUUAGGACAGAAUAUGACAGAAUUGUAGAUGAUUAUUCCCUCAAUGUUGGAAAACAAAGAUAUGAAAAGAUGAUUAGUGGUAUGUACUUGGGAGAAAUCGUCCGGAACAUUUUAAUUGACUUCACUCGAAAGGGUUUCCUGUUCCGAGGUCAGAUCUCUGAGACCCUGAAAACCCGGGGAAUCUUUAAGACCAAGUUCCUGUCACAGAUAGAAAGUGAUAGGUUAGCUCUGCUCCAAGUCCGAACGAUUCUGCAGGAUCUGGGCCUGAACAGCACCUGCGAUGACAGUAUCCUCGUCAAGAUGGUCUGUGGGGUGGUGUCCCAGAGGGCUGCCCAGCUCUGUGGGGCUGGGAUGGCGGCCGUCGUGGAAAAAAUCAAGGAGAACCGGGGCCUGAAGACCCUUAAUGUGGCCGUGGGCGUCGAUGGGACGUUGUACAAACUCCAUCCGCACUUCUCUCGGAUCAUGCACCAGACAGUGAGCAAGCUGGCCCCCAACUGUAACGUGAAAUUCCUCCUCUCCGAAGAUGGCAGUGGGAAAGGAGCAGCCCUCAUCUCGGCCGUCGGGGUGAGGCUCCGGGACGCCAAGGCCAAGGCCAAGGCCAGCUAAGAGCCCGCUCCCGCCCGCUGCGCCCUCGGAGGAGCCUGUCCCCCUCUCUUUCUCUCUCUCUCUCUUCUCUCUGCACUCCUCCAUCUUCCUUCCUUGGGUAGCCUGAACUGAACGCACACCAGACCCUGCCGAUGUAUCGAGAGCCCUGUACACCUCAAGGCAUAAAGAACUUGGGUGCAAAGUUGCGUGUGUGCUGUCGCUCAUCUCUCCCCCCGGGAGCCCCGCCCCCGCCUCCUCCCGCCCCGUCGCUGUCCUGCAUGUUUCCGUACCUGCCGGGCUGUCCGAGCUCCACCCGGGAGUUGGUGAAGUCUUCCGGAUUUAUCUGGUCCUCUAAGUUAUUUAUUGAUUUGACGUGAAAAGUUCCACGCCCUGUAGCCUCUGCUCCGCCGCCGCCCUCGGGAAGGCGUCCUCUCCGUGAAACGUGUUAUCGUGGCAGACAUGUCCAGCUCCCCCCGCUUCCCCGGAGCUCCCCGGAUCCCUCCCGACGCCCCCCUCCCUGCCGAAGGUCCCUGUCGGGAGGGGGCUGCCCGAGGGUCCGGGGACCGCCUGCUGCACGUGAUGUGUGUGUGUGUGAGGGGGAGGGCCUCCUCACCCUUCCCCUUCCCGUCCCCGAAGGGUCUCCACCUCCAGCCUCCUUGUUUUCACGGCCGUGUCUUGUGUGACUGUGAUCUCGGUACCAUUCCAAUAGCCGGAGCCUUGCUUGGCCUGAUCGUGGGGGUGGGAGGGGCCUUUUUCUCCAAGCGUGGUCAAGCGAGAUGCCCCGGGGAGACCUGCGGCCUCCUGGGGGUUCUGGUGGUUUGGGGGCAUCCCGCUGGGCCUUGUCCCCUUCCUGCCCAGAACGGCAGCGAGACUGCUCGGUGUCCGGCCUCCUGUGUGGGGGGUGAGAAGGGCCCCUUCCCCUAUGUGUCUAGUACUGUGUAUCCCAGCACUCGUCCUGCCAGCCCUCUCUCUGUCCCGGGUCUCCAGCAGGGGGUCCCCUCCCCGCGUCCCCGAUCCGGGAUAACCACAGGCUGGGGACCGAGCCGAGAGUCCUCCUCACUAGCUCCUCCCCUCCCCCAGCUGCAGCCCAGGGACGGCAGAUGGGAAACUAGAAGGGGCCUUGUAGGAAGUGACUAGGUCACCCGUCUCAGAGUCAGAGGCAGGAUUUGAACUCGGAUCCUAUGACAGCGGAGCUGGUGUCCUUUACACGGGACCACAAAACCUGGAGAAGGGAGCGCCUGGUUUGAAUUUUCUGAGGAGACAGGGAUAACCGCUCUUCCACCUGCCAUGUCCAAACCAAGGCCCUUCUGUCUCUCCGUGGCCGCGGAGCUAAGUAGAUUCUUUCCCUCCCGGGGGUUCCCAUCCGAGACUAACAAUUCUUUGAACCGGCGUGCGCCUGCCAGGGCCAGGUGAGGUUGGCGGGCUCUGUUUUCUGCUCCCCCAAAUCACCCCCUGCCACGGGAGGAGUUCACCUGGCCCCCACAGCCCCCUCCCUGCCUGCCCCCAGAGGGUCUCUGCCGCGGCGCCCUUCCCCGGCCGCCAUCUUGAAUCCCCCUCCCCGGAUCCCGUGUCCGCCCGUGUCCCGCGCACUGUGACUGGGUGUUGUGAGGUGCCGUGUCCGUCCGCUUCGCCGUCCCGCAGCUUUCGGUGUGCCCGCCCUCGGGGACUGCAUGCCCGCGGGGAGGAGGGGAGGAAGUCCUUGCGUUUGUCGCCUCGGCAGUGACCGUGCGCGGCGCCGUGAUAUUUGUGGAGAAAACAGACAAACAGCAUUAAAAUCUUUUGAUGUCGGCUCAA